AUUUUCAAGGAAAUCCAAAAUGGGUGUAUUCAUACUCGUAGCAGUAGGAGGCUACCUUGCUAAAGGAGUCAUCUUCACGAAGACAUUUGCAAUUUACUUCUUAAUCCAGUCCUUGCUGAGCUUCCUCCUGGGUCAGAUCAUCUGGAAAAAGAUAGAGAAGCUAAAGCAAAAUCAUAUGACGGAUAAGUAUAAGGAAUUUCGAAGGACAGAUACGCAUCUAUGGAGUAAGGGUCGGUUCAUCUUUGGAGUCACCUUUCUCUUCCCUUUCAGACUCAUAGCAAUGACCGUUGUUGUUUCUAUCUAUCUCUUCUUGAUCGUUGUUCUUACAAUUGGUCAUGAUCAAUCCAAGCCAUUAAAAGGCAUUAAAGGGUUUCUUUAUCGUUUGACCAACAGAAUCUUCCCUCGUCUAGCCCUCCUUGCAGCAGGUUAUUUCAGAAUGGGUUAUACCAAAAAGGAAGAUUAUGAUUACUCUAAAUGGCUUGGCAAAGACUACAAAAAUACUCAAGAAAGCAAAAGAGAUUAUGCAGUUAGCUCUACCUCUAAUCACUCUGCGUGGACCGACUUGUUCAUAGUUUUGAUUAUCCAGAGAGGAGCAAGUUUCGUAUCAAAAGAAGAGAUCAAAAGUGUACCCCUCUUCGGUAGAGUAGGCAAAGCUCUCAACACUAUCUUCUUUGAAAGAGGAAGCAGCAAAGAAAAUAAGGAAAAAGUUCUCAGUCAAAUUCAGGAAAGACAAAAAGAAACAGAUGAAAACAAAGGAGAAGGCUUGAUACUUCAUAUUUUUGGAGAGGGAUUUACGACUAAUAACUCUCACAUCCUCCCAUUCAAGAAAGGAGUGUUCUCUCUUGGCUUGCCUGUCAAGCCAAUUGCUAUAAAAUAUUCCUCUGCUUACUUCAGUCCUGCCCAUGAUAUCAUUCCUAUGGGACUUCAUUUCAUCUUCUUGCUAUCCCAAAUCUCCAAUUAUUGCGAAGCCACUGAGCUACCCAUAUUUGAACCUAAUGAGUACUUGUAUAAGAAUCACUUGAAGCCAGGAGAAGAGAAAUGGGUACCAUUCUCAAGAGCAGUUAGAGAAUCUAUCGCUGAAACCCUCCAAUUGCCCACAAGUGAGGCUACAUUAUCAGAAAAACUUGCUUGCAAGGACCAAUAUCUUGGCAAAGCCAAGGCAGAUUAGGCACAAAAGUUUCAAUACCAA